CAGCAGCAAAACCUGCACAGAAAACAUUCUUCUAUGUUGCUUUCACUAAAGCAAUGCUAUUUGAGGUGUAAUUGACCACAUGAUCAUCUUUGGAAGGGGGAACUGUCUUUCUUGAUGUCAACUCAGCUCAUCCAUCAUGACAGAUUGCCACUAAAGGCACCCAAAAAGGCAAAGAAGCGGGCAGAAGGAGCCAAUUCAAAUGUCUUCUCCAUGUUUGAACAAACACAGAUCCAGGAGUUCAAAGAGGCUUUCACAAUCAUGGACCAGAACAGAGACGGGUUUAUCGACAAGAAUGACCUGAGGGAUACGUUCGCAGCUUUAGGCCGCCUGAACGUCAAACAAGAGGAGCUCGACGAGAUGCUAAAGGAGGCUCCAGGACCCGUUAACUUCACCGUCUUCCUCACCAUGUUUGGGGAGAAGCUUAAAGGUGCCGAUGCAGAGGAGACCAUUCUGAAUGCCUUUAAAGUGUUCGAUCCAGAGGGAAAGGGGACCUUGAGGAAGGAUUUUUUGGCACAGAUGUUGACAACGCAAGCAGACCGAUUUUCUCCAGAAGAGAUGGAGCAGAUGUUUAGUGCUUUUCCUCCAGACGCAGCUGGUAAUCUGGACUAUAAGAAUCUGGUCUACAUCAUCACACAUGGGGAGGAGAAGGACCAAGAGUGAAAUAUCUCACGUUCAACAACUGUCACUUCAACAUCACGACACAUGUAUGACACAAUAAAUAUCGA